AUCAUUACUUCAAGAUCCAGAGAGGGAAGGAAAGCAAAAGGAGCGACUCGCCGAGCUGAUCAAGUUCGGUUCCCGUCGCGGCACCGCCUUCGAUGCAAUCCAUCUCGCUCGCGACGUCUAAUCCGCGGUCGGUUUGGUGAAGCGCGGACGCAAUUCUCGGCUGUAAUUUGGCUCGAAAUGGACAGGCUAGUAAGCUUGGAGCCGUCGAGCACCAUCGCCAUCCGAAUCGAGCCGGGACAAAGGUGCUGUGGCGAGCUCACUCUGCGCAACGUGAUGUACACCAUGCCGGUCGCGUUCAAGCUCCAGCCGGAGCACAAGAGCCACUACACUGUGAAGCCGCAGUCUGGGAUCAUAGCUCCGCUCUCGACGCUGACCGUGGAAGUCACUUAUCACCACCCUCCCGGUUCGGCCCUUCCUGAGUUCUUCCCUCGCUGCGACGACUUGUUCCUCCUCCACAGCAUCGUGGUCCCCGGCGCGGCGGUGAAGAGCCAUAGCUCCGCCUUCGAGGUCCCCAGUGAUUGGUUCACCACCAAGAAGAAGCAAGUGUUCAUCGAUAGCGGCUUGAGGGUCAUGUUCGUCGGCUCGCCGAUCGUGGUUCAACUCAUUACGGAAGGUUUGAUGGACGAGAUCAGGGAGGUGAUGGAGCGGAGCGACCCGGCUUGGAAGCUUGUGGACUCUGUCGACGAGCAUGGUCAGACGUUGCUUCACCUGGCCAUCGCGCAGGGGCGAGCCGAUCUCGUCCAAUUGCUUCUUGAAUUCGAGCCCAGGCUGGAGGCUCCAGACCGAUCAUUGGGAUACAGCCCACUUGCGGCGGCGGCCGCCGCUGGAGAAACCCUAAUUGCGGAGCUCCUGCUGGCUCACCGAGCGAGCAUUGAACGCUCGGAGACAUCGAACUGCGGCCCCGUUCACCUCGCCACGGGCAGUGGACAUACGGAGGUGUUGAAGCUCCUCUUGCUAAAAGGGGCCGACCUGAAUGCUCUUACCAAGGAUGGCAAAACGGCCUUACACAUCGCCGUGAAGGAGCAGAGAAGAGACUGCGCGAGGCUUCUAUUGAGCGGCGGAGCCAAAACCGACGUGCACGAUGGCAAAGACGGCGACACGCCGUUGCACGUUGCAGCGAGCCAUGGGGACGAGAACACGGUGAAGCUCCUGCUGCAGAAAGGAGCCAACAAAGACGUCCGCAACAAGUACGGCAAGACCGCCUAUGACGUGGCGGCAGAGCACGGCCACACGAAGCUCUUUGACGCCCUUAAGUUAGGGGACAAAUUGUGCUCGGCGGCGAGGAAAGGAGAAGCGCGGCACAUCCACCGACUCCUCGAGAGCGGGGCCGUGAUCAACGGCCGCGACCAGCACGGGUGGACCGCACUGCACCGCGCUUCGUUCAAGGGCCACACAGAGGCAGUCAAGGCUCUACUCGAGAAGGGAAUCGACAUUGACACGAAGGACGAAGAUGGAUACACGGCCUUGCACUGCGCGACCGAAUCGGGGCACAUGGAGGUGGUGGAGUUGCUAGUGAAGAAAGGAGCCGACGCGGAGGCAAGGACCAAUAAGGGACUCAGUGCGCUACAAAUCGCCGAGUCGCUGGCUUACAAGGGGAUCUCGAGGAUACUCGGGCACGGUGGCGCGUGCAAGGACGGGAGCGCCCAAAUCACAGGCAGCGCUGCUUCACUCUUGGGAGGCGUCGGGGGAGGAUCAUUGGGUCGAGAUGCUGCCGAUCACGGAGGGUUAAAGAAGAAGCAGAUCUACCGGAGAAGAAAGGGACUUCGCGGUAGCUUCGAUUUGUCCAGGCAAAUUGCCGUGCUCUAAUUUGGGACUAGAAUCGUACCCAUGAUCCCAAGUUUUGCUUCUGCAUAUUCCAAAUUCAUGAGUAGGCCUUGUCUAUUGAUUCGAUUUGUUGCAGAAGUUGGUGUUGGUAGUGGUAGGAGUUAUACUUGUAGAUUCAUUCAGUACAUUGUGUCCGUUCUGUAACCUUGGUCUCUAGUGCAUGACCAUCGCUUGAUUCAUCCUGAUCCUAAGUUCUUACGGAA